AUGCCUCGUCCUGCCCCCAAACGAAGUCGUACACUGGGAAAGAAUCAGCCCCAAAAUACCGCGAUAGAAGAGUCAACACACCAAAUUGAUCCCGUCGCCAAAUCGCCUGCGCAGCCUGAGCGCAGCUCAGCCCUAGAUACGAGACAAGCGCUACGCAGUCAAACACCUUUGACCAAAAGUCAUGAACAAGCAAUUCAAUCUUCGCCCAUGGGAGACCGGUCGGGUACCGGCAGUCGACCUGGAACUGGUAGUCGUCCUCCUACAAGAUCGCGCGGUUAUUCCUCUACGCUAUCAUUUGCCGGACGCAAAGGCGACACGAGCUCCCGGGUUCCUGGAACACCUGGAUUCGAUAAUUCAAUUCUGAGCAAUUUUAGACGGCGGCCGCGACAACAAAGCAUUCUGCAGAUGAUGCAAGCUGACGACGACGGCUCUUCCGAUAUUGAUGACGAUGACUUUCUUGGUGGGCUUAGCCCCAAUGAUGAAUCGACACCAUUGAAUCUCUCUCGGGGAAAGUCUCUACUUAUCAAGCCUACCGAGAAGUCAUCAUCUCCGUUACCGUCCGAAUCACCGCUCUCGUCCGGCGGGUCGCGCAAGCGCAAGCGCAUGACCCAAGAGAUUCAAGUACCACAGUCGCCCCUGGAUAUGGUAGAAGAUACUCCAACUGCGACACCGAUUCAACGCGACGACUCUGGGCGUUACAUUGGGGACGAGCUUCCUAAAGAUGAGGUUGAACCCGAAAACGAGGAAAUUGGAGAUCAGGAGGUUGAGGUUGAAAGAGUUGAAGCCACGCCUCAAUCCCAACGAUUCCCAGAAAUACUAAGCCAAACUAUGUUACCACCGGUCAGCAGUCCUGCUGGGUCUGCUACACCUGGUGACUCCACACCACGACCUGUUCAGAGAAAAAACCCCAAAACCUCGAAUCACCUAUCGACAGCAAACCUGCAAGAUACACUUUUACCACGUCGCCGGCGCAGACUUCGCGCUAUCAAUGAUUACAGCGAUGAAAGUGAUGAUCAGUAUGACGCCGCAUCUGGUGACGAGGAUGAGCUGAACUACCCGUCACAAAGAUCAUCCGGGAGACGGGCAGGGAAAAGCAAGCCCAAGCCAUUAGCUAACGCCCGCAAUCCGAAACAGAAGAAGAUUAAAGAGAACAAAGCUAAGGACAAAUCGUCAGCUCCAAAAGAGCCAGCUACGUAUUCACGUUCUCAAGCGGGUGGCGCCGACAAAGAAAACGAAACGCUUCUGUCAUCACCAUCCUCUUCUCCAUUAUCAUCACCACCUGAGUCUGACGUCUCCGAUUCCGAGUCUAUGAAAACAGUGGCCACUCGUUGCGUGAGCGAUGAGUUGCGCGCGGCAGUCAAAAAGUUUGCGGAAGUGGACCAAUGGAAGAUGGAAUUUGAAGAUGUGUCUGCUUCAGAAAGCUAG